AUGCCAAAGGUACAGAAGUCAGACCCAGACCGUCCAUCAAGGACUGAUACCUUUUUACGGAUGCUGGAGCUGGAGAAGAUGUACAAGAUGCAACGCAUCCAUGGUCAUGCCCCCGCAACGAUCGCAUCGCCAAGUACAAGUUCUCCCUCCGCCCAGCCAAAUAACCCUUUUAAGGCUCGGCGUGCGAGCGGACACCCUCCGCUUUCACACCAAACCCAGAUAAUGAAAGCCGUGCGGCGGAGCUCUGCCCUACCUUCGCUUUCGAUAUCUAUACCACCAGAACCAACCGAAGACCCUACCGUGGGCACAGAUGGAAUUUCCGGGGAGUUGCCACCGAAGGAGGAACGUACUAAGACGGUGACAUUCACGGGCCCCGAUGAAGAGGAGGACGACGGCGAUUCUUCCGAACAGUCUUCGAUAUGUCAAUCGCCUAGCUGGGAGCAAUACAACCGCAAGAAAGAAAAGAAGCCCAAAAAGCGAGAGACGGACGGAAGUAAGAAAAGUAAGGAAGACAAACCCGCGAAUACUCUAAAGAGAAAGGGGAACAGAUUGAGCAAGGUUCCGCCGCCGCACGUUCAAGGGGUUGAACCGUUGACGGCGAACCGCGCACAAUCUGCCCCCGAGUUAGAUAUUUAUCUCAAGUCUAAAAAUGCGAGCCUAGAUAUCCAGGAUUCCACUCGGUCAGACGCAAUGGCGAACCACAAACUUGAAAGCAAGCCAAAAAGCAAAGGCUUUCUCUCCGGCUUUCGGUUACAACAUGGAAAUGUCGCUGCCGUUCAGAAAAUCAUUGAUAACCAGCAGCAGAACGGCGACCCUAAUUUCGUAAACCCUCGAAAGCCACCUUCCAUUCAGUCAGCCGUCUCGAAUUCUACUCGAUCUAUUUCCUCUCUGGAUCAGCUACCGCCAAGCGCUCGAAACUCGUCUGGCUCAAGCCAUGGGCGUUCUCAAUCGUUACUCACAUCCACUUUAAACAAGUUGAAGGGUCCAUCAUAUCUUUACUUUCGCCCUACUGAACAUGCCGAUAGCACUCAUUUCCAACGCCCCAAUAGUGCUCAGGAACAUGAUAUUGAGCCUAAUUGGUUGAAUGGACAUUCAGCAGUGCACGCCGUUGAACGGCCCAUGGGGCGACCUGUGGAGAAACCGCCAGUGCGUCCCAAGGAACGGCCGAUGACUUCCGACGCAAAUGACCAACAACUCCCCGAAUUUACAUUUCCACCUAAAGCUAAACGAGUUACUACUCAACUUACGCCCGACACGACCGCUCGUAGUGCUCGAGGCCAUAUUCAUUUGGAAGAACCGAAAGAUGUGGGUAGCGGUUAUGAAUCACAAGAACCUACGUCAUUUCGGAGCCGUCGAAGUCAGGCGCCGAAUGUACGUCCGCAGAGUAAAGAGCCGAUUGCAGAGAAAGAGAGGCGACCGCGAACAGACCGCGUUUCCCGAGCUCCGAAGCAGAGAGUUGAAUUCUCUAAUAACGACGAAAAUCAGCCACCGCAAGCUAGGCAGGUCAAACAUCCGAACCGAGAAGUUGAACGCCAGUAUCAUACGAAUCGACAGGUGAAUGGCUACGUACAGCCGCAAGUAGAGGCUUGGGAGGAAUCCUCGUAUGAAGCAGAUCAACCACUUUCCAACCAAAGAAAUUUUGAGAACUUUGAUAGCGAAAAGACUGUCCAGGCCGAGGUUCAUUUUCGCACUGACGAUGAAGACGAUCAGGGAUCCGUUGGCACCCAUGCAUCAACCAUCCGGCCAGGGUCUCGAAAACAAGGUCGUAGCUCUCCCCCAGGACCGGAUGGGAGAAAACAUGUCACUUUCCCAUCCAGUCCAAACACGAUAGGGAGAGCUGUUACGUCUGAUCCGGUUGAUGAAAUGCAUGAAACACAGGUCAAAAUCAUGGAGCCACCAAAGCGAGAGAAGUUGGUUGCAUUAGAAGAGAGUGCGCCCAUACCCGGCAAAAAACCAUUGCGAAUGGACAAAUCGGCCGAUUACUUCUCUUUCAUCAGUCAAUCCUAUGCUCCCCCAGCCCUUGAUCUGAGAUCACCUAUGGAGGGUAAAUUUCCAUCUCCGCGGAUUGAGGAAGAGCCCGAAGAAGAUGACGAUUUGGGACAUAUCUUGAGGCAUAUCUCAGUUAGGAGACAAGUUGAGGAGUUACCUACGCCACCCGAAAGCAUGAAUCAAGGUGUUAUAUCACACUUCAAUGCCACUAGCAGAAUCGCAAAGCAAAAACCACCUAAAGACUCGCCAUCUUUAUCAUCACAUUAUUCCGAUAGCGACAUACCCGCCUUUGAGCGUUUAGGCUUAUCGCCGAAAGCCGCCAGAAUUCUCGCAGGAACGGAUAUAUCCAGCAUGUCCACAUCUCAGUCAAAUACUGACCCGAGUCGAACUAAUUCGGAGAGAUCUUCGUCUUCAACGUGCGAUGAUCCUCCUCCAUCGCCAUCCACAGCGCCAACACCAGACAGUCUACGUCCACAAUCACACAAAGGACUUACGCGAGAUCAAGCAGAUGGCACGAGAGAUACCACGGCACGAUCGGGCAGUGAGGAUGACGAAAGGACUCCACGAAUGACCUACAAGCCCCCAGCUGUAGAAUUGCCAACGAAACACAGCUCACGAUCUACUAGCAGAGAUGCUGCUGUUCAGGACGAUAGUUGGAGCCGAACAGCACUGCCGAUAGAUCUCGAUAAUCACAAUCCCUCGAAUUCGUCCGACGAGAAGCAACAUAGCUUAAACUCAAGCCCACAGCUUAUUACAACUCCUUCGUCGGUUGCUUUCGCAGAGGAUAUAAAAGAAAGUCCAGAGGAAGGACUUGUCAGCAGGAAUCCAUACCAACAGUCUAUGCCGACCAGAGCCCAAUCCGCGCUAGAUAUUCAUUCGACGAGCUUCUUACCCGACAUGAAGCAACAGUCGCUAUAUUCGAAGAAAGCAAAAGCCGGGGUAUCAUCUGUUAGUCUCCCUAACUCGCCACCAGCAGACCCCGCCGAUGGAGCACCGCGAAAAUCUGCGUUGAGAUCUCGCAAGAAUAGUUCUAAUAGCGAAGAAUCUUCUACCUUGAUCUCUCCAGGUGCAGCAUAUCUUCAAGAAGCCCGGAAAGGCGUCCCGAUUCCUCCCGUUCCAACAUCCCGAGCUAUGCGACCGCACUACGCACACAAAAACUCGUCCACAAGUAUCAAAAGUGCAGGAACUGCAGACGGCCGAUCGGAUCCCCUUGCAAAAAUGCUGGUGGAAUGUUGUAACUGCAAAUUCUUCCAUGAUAUGCCUUCCAGAGUAUACGAAUGCAUGGCCAAACCCGAUUCGCUCGUGGAGGAUAAACUACUCGGCGUCUCUGCUACCAUUACCACAAUGGUCAAGUGUCCAUGGUGUGCCCAUGGAAUGACGACUCAAUGUUGCUCCGGUUAUGCUGCCGUGAUUUACCUAAAGGAAAAGCUACACGGAAAAUAA